GGCGAUAUGGAGAGUAAUAGCACCCCCUUCUCCCCGCCUGGCUAUUACAAUCCACAUCGCAGGGGUGUGAGGCAGCUCCCGUGAUAUGGGGCGUAAUAGUAUCCGCUGUGCGUCCUGGUGGCUCCGGACCCGGCCCAAGCGCGGCGGGACCUCCAUCCGUAGCCCUCUCCCCCCACGUCGCCCUCCCGGGGUCCUUGUCUAGUCUCAGCAGGCGGCAAACGGACCCCAGGCGUCUGGCGCUCACCCAGGAGACUGCCCAGCGGUUUCUGGAGAGAGCGCUAAGCGGAGACGCCCGCUGGCAAGCAGAUCCCGCCUCCUUCCCUGGCCAAGGAGCCGCCCCUCCGGGGUAGCUGUGCGCUGGGCGGCGCUCGGACCCCUUGGCAGCCGCAGGUGCCUCCCCAGCCCAGCCCAGCUCAGUCCGGCGCAGCCCAGCCCAGCCCAGCCCGGCGCUCGCAGCCUCCGCCGCUUCCGGGCAGAUAGGUGCCUUUUCUUGCUCCUUGCUCUUGGAGUUCUUCUCUUAGUCCCUGCUCCCUGGAUGAAAGCAUCGCUCCGAGCCUCAUGGGAGGAAUGAAGGAAGAAUCGAGACUAGAUAUCCAACUAAGGCUUCAGGACAUGUUUUGAGCGAAGAUGGGUGUUUCUGCCCGGAUAGCAUAAAUCGAGGAUCCAGGUCUGGGCAGAUUCAACCAUGGGAGCCAACACUUCAAGAAAACCACCAGUGUUUGAUGAAAAUGAAGAUGUCAACUUUGACCACUUUGAAAUUUUGCGAGCCAUUGGGAAAGGCAGUUUUGGGAAGGUCUGCAUUGUACAGAAGAAUGAUACCAAGAAGAUGUACGCAAUGAAGUACAUGAAUAAACAAAAGUGCGUGGAGCGCAAUGAAGUGAGAAAUGUCUUCAAGGAACUCCAGAUCAUGCAGGGUCUGGAGCACCCUUUCCUGGUUAAUUUGUGGUAUUCCUUCCAAGAUGAGGAAGACAUGUUCAUGGUGGUGGACCUCCUGCUGGGUGGAGACCUGCGUUAUCACCUGCAACAGAACGUCCACUUCAAGGAAGAAACAGUGAAGCUCUUCAUAUGUGAGCUGGUCAUGGCCCUGGACUACCUGCAGAACCAGCGCAUCAUUCACAGGGAUAUGAAGCCUGACAAUAUUUUACUUGAUGAACAUGGGCACGUGCACAUCACAGAUUUCAACAUUGCUGCGAUGCUGCCCAGGGAGACACAGAUUACCACCAUGGCUGGCACCAAGCCUUACAUGGCACCUGAGAUGUUCAGCUCCAGAAAAGGAGCAGGCUAUUCCUUUGCUGUUGACUGGUGGUCCCUGGGAGUGACGGCAUAUGAACUGCUGAGAGGCCGGAGACCAUAUCAUAUUCGCUCCAGUACUUCCAGCAAGGAAAUUGUACACACGUUUGAGACGACUGUUGUAACUUACCCUUCUGCCUGGUCACAGGAAAUGGUGUCACUUCUUAAAAAGCUACUCGAACCUAAUCCAGACCAACGAUUUUCUCAGUUAUCUGAUGUCCAGAACUUCCCGUAUAUGAAUGAUAUAAACUGGGAUGCAGUUUUUCAGAAGAGGCUCAUUCCAGGUUUCAUUCCUAAUAAAGGCAGGCUGAAUUGUGAUCCUACCUUUGAACUUGAGGAAAUGAUUUUGGAGUCCAAACCUCUACACAAGAAAAAAAAGCGUCUGGCAAAGAAGGAGAAGGAUAUGAGGAAAUGCGAUUCUUCUCAGACAUGUCUUCUUCAAGAGCACCUUGACUCUGUCCAGAAGGAGUUCAUAAUUUUCAACAGAGAAAAAGUAAACAGGGACUUUAACAAAAGACAACCAAAUCUAGCCUUGGAACAAACCAAAGACCCACAAGAUGAGGAUGGUCAGAAUAACAACUUGUAAAGGCCUCAUGUCUUCUUCUUGGGACAAUCUCAUGCCAGAAACUUCUAAUUACAUAUGUCAAGAAAAGCUGACAGUAGUUCUUGCCACUCCACACACCAUGACUUAGAAAAUGUGAAUGAAUAUAUUUCAAAAAAGGCAGCACAACACAGUGAAGGGUCCUGGGCCUGAGCUCCUGGGAUGUCGUUUCACAUCAAUCAACUGUGUGAUCUAGAGCAAGUCACUUAGCCACUUUCUGUGCUUUACUUUAUUUAUCUAAAAUGAGAGGGUUAUACUAGAUGAGCCAUACCCUGCCUUUUUAGUGCUAUAAUUGUUAUUCUAAACUGCCUUUAUUUUUAUUUUAAAAUUAAUAUAUGAAUAUAGAUUUAUUUUUCCACUCCUAAUUACGCAGUGACAAAUGGACAAAUGGACACAGGACUCAGUGAGACUUUUCAGACCUCGAAAGUUUCAUAAAGUGGUCAGAAUGCCCCAGGCUACUUGGAUAAAGAUAAGGAAUUCUAUCAGGGAGGCACAAAUGGAAUCAGAUUAAAAGUAACAGAGAUGGAUGAGGGCCUUCCAGUGAUGUGCGUGAAUCAGCAUUAGAUCCGCUUAUCUCAGCUGGCAGGAGCCUGCUGUGCACACCACUUCCCAGCUCCCUCUUCAACAAUGUGAAGGUGGUAACUUGAAAUUGGUAAUAAUGGGAGCAUUUACACCACGGAAACUGGUAAAUGCUCGUUUUUUCCCUCCUAACAAGUGAAUUGCUAAAUAUUAGCCCACCACUCUCCUUCCAAGAAGCAUGUUCCUUGAGGGCUAAUUGUCCUCUGAAGAUUAGCAGAGACCAGUAUCUGGAGAGGAUCAGAAAAGAAUGUCAUCGCACUGAAAGUAUGUCCACCUUGCAGUUCAGAAAAGUUGCAUCUUAUAUGGGGUUUAUUGUCUAAGUUAGAAAUGAAUUUAGAAGAUAGUAAAAUUUACCAUUGAAAAACCCCUUAAAUUACCCAUAACGUAUAUGGGAAGUAUCUUUUCUCAGUAAAGCCCAAUACAGUGUCACCUUUCACUAAUGAAACAAGUCAUUGCUUUUGUUUUGUUUUGACUUAGUUAUUUUUAUUUUUGGUCUCAUUUUGGCUAAUACCAGAUGAGCUAAAAUGUUGAACAAAUUAUACUUGUUUUUAUAGACUAGAAUUACUAUUUUUUUUCUUUUCAGGCAGAGUCUCGCUCUGUCACCCAGGCUGGAGUGCAGCGGCAUGAUCUCUGCUCACUACAUCUGCCUCCCGGGUUCAAGUGAUUCUUGUGUCUCAGCCUCCUAAGUAGCUGGGAUCGCAUGUGUGUGCCACCAUGUGUAGCUAAUUUUUUGUAUUUUUAGUAGAGAUAGGAUUUUGCUAUGCUGGCCAGGUUGGUUUCAAACUCCUGGUCUCAAGUGAUCCGCCCACCUUGGCCUCCCAAAGUGCUGGGAUUACAGGCAUGAGCCACCGAACCUGGCCUUAGAAUUACUCUUAGUACAGUGGAAUGCCCACACAUCCAAGACAGGCAAGUUCAUGGAGACUAAGGGAACAGUGGUAUCAUGUCUCCCUUCUCCCUUGUGCUUACUACAAGAAUGGCAGGCAGAAUCGCCUACUUAUUUAAAAUAUCACUGAUGUCUCACUCUUUUUCUUUAUAUUUUAUUUAUUGAUUUGCCACAAAGUUUAAUUCACCUAAGUGAGACGUGCAUAUGAUGUAACUCCACUGUACAGAUACACAGGUCUUUACAGAAGAACUAUUUUUGGCAACCCAUAUGCCCCUGGGUAGGGUCCAGAAGUGAACAGGCUUGGUGGGGGAUUGUUUUCACCUCUUGGCUACUCAGAGUACCUAAACCUGUCCUUACUUAUGGAGAGCAUGUGUCACACCAAGAUGGCAGUAAGCUGGCAACUGGGAAGACCUGACUGAUGCCCAUUUGGGAAGCCAGGCAAGUGAAAAUGGACCGAAGAAACAGAGAUGGCUGUCUUUUAUGCAAGGCUUUUCCAUAAAGAGGUUACACUGGGGCAACCAAGUAUGUGUAGAAAGCCAGAGCUAAACUUCAGCUUGGCAUUCACAGUUUUCUCUUCACUGAGCUAAUAGGCCCAGAGUUUCGGGCAGAGCUGUGAAAUAGUGCUUCUCUAAUAGCAACCAUAUUAUUGUUACAUAAUUAAAAGCCAGCUCUUUUGUUGUUUGUUUGAUUCCUUUUCCCUACAGUUCCCACAUCAUUUGUCUGUGCUAUUCUGUUUUUCUCCAAACACUAUAAACUUGAAGCAAUUGCCCUGACUCGAUUUCAGAGAAGGGGAUGUGUUGGAAAGAGCAAGAAUAAGAAAGUGACCAGAUUCUGCUGCAGUCUGGUAACCCCACGAGUGUCAGGGACUACUUGCAUGUUUACUUCUAUCCUUCAUUUGUUUUGAUUCAAGCCUUUAUGUGCUGUGGACUCACCUCCCUAAGUAACCAGGUUCCUCCUCUCGCUGCGACCUUGUUUGCAUCCUUCCCAAGAAGAGGCUUUGGGAAAUUUUUCUGUAAUUACACUUACCAAAGAGCCAUGGAACUAUUACGAUCUCCACUGUGAUGAGAGUUAAGCCAUAGUGCCAUUUCACACGUAUACAUUUAUGAUGGGAUGGGAACCCGAUACAAUCUCUGUAGGCUGAAUCCCUAGUUUUAUUUCCAGUGAGCUGCUUCUGUGACUGAAGCACCUCUGUGGGCUUUUGGGAACCAUGGAUGCACAGAUGAGAGAGCACGGGCUCAGAGAGUAAGAUGGAUUUCUAGUGCUAGCCAGGUGAAUGACACACAGUGUAUUUCAAGUUUGAAAAGCAAAACCAUGGUAUCUGACAGUGCGGAACAGCUGAUUGUAAUCACCUCCCACCACUGUGCAUUUUAAACAUGAGAACAAAAAACUUUUCCAAAAUUUAAACUUUUCCUAAAUCUUUAUGGUCAUUGCUAGUUGUUGACAUCAGAUCCUUUGGUUUUAUUCUAUAACUUGGGCUAAACGUUAAUAUCCCACUAGGUGGAACAUGUCUCUUCCGGAGUUGUGACAACCGAGGCUCAGAGCUGUGAUUUUUAGAAAACAAGAUGACUAUUAAAUCCUUUGGCCUGGUAUUCUUGAAUGUUUUUCUCCCAGUGCUUCCCUUGCCUGUAUGGAGCAUCUGCAAAGUCUGAGCAGGUUUUGAAGUCCAAGAGCAUCCCAGCUAUAAGGCUCUUGCACUGUGACAGAGCUGCCCACCUCCAGUACACCCUCAGUGACCUCGAGUAGAUGCGUAGGGCAGUCAAACCCGGCAACUUAUGCCACAACCCUAAUUCCAGGAAGUCGUCUGCUAAUGGCUAACCCACUGCCAUGGUGGCACUGGUUUUGCCUGAGGUCAUUGCUAGGGCAGGAAUGAACAGCAACCAGCACAGAGCAUUGCUAAAUUAAUUACGGUAACCUAAUUAAUUAGUAGCUAGGCUUCUUCUGAUAGGAAAGUUUCAACCAGAAACCACUAGAUGUUCUAUUAUCAUAGCUUUUGUAGAUUGGAUGGAAGAAUAAGUAGGAAGAAAGAGUAUUAAUGUAGCUAGUAGGGACCAGUGUUGCUGCUUGUGGCUGAAGCAGUAAUGCUAAGGCUUUAGCUCUUCAAAAGCAGAACGAAAAGGCACAAAAAGCACUGCAAGCUUGUUUCUGUACCCAGUUGUCCCUGUAUUGUCUACAUAAAAUCCUGUUUCCUGCUAUCUGUCUGUGAUUCCUGUUUAUUACAAAUUCAGUGUGUCUGACUGAUAUUAAACACUGAUAUUAAAAUUUCAAACUUCACUUAUCUGUGCUGUUGUGAACAGGCAGCUGAUCUGGCAGCCCUCGAAUGGGAAACAAGUGCUUCUGUUGAGCUGUAGCAUAUAUAAUAUAAAUGUGCCUAUGUGUAUUAAAAUGUCUUCUGUAAACAAUGA